AUGAGGACUCUUUUUAUCUCCGAAGAUCUGUGGGAGCUUGUGGAUAAGGGUUAUGUAGAAGAGGAAAUUCCAGGGGAUGCUAUGAGAGAUGUACGAAAGAAUGAUGCCAAGGUUGCAGCUCACGAUGGAGAUGGCAGCCAAACUGACAUCCCAGUCAUGGAUGACUCUGUGUAUAAGGCAGCAGCGAAGGGCGACAUUGAAGUUCUGAAGACAAUUCCAGAGUCCGAAUUUCAUGCCCAAUUAACCCCAAAGCAUAACACGAUACUCCACAUCGCAAGUGAAUUCGGUCAAACAGAGUGUGUGAAAUGGAUCCUUACGUUGCCUGCAUGUUCAUCUCUACUGCGAUGCCCUAAUCUGAACAGGGACACUCCGCUUCACCUUGCAGCAAGGGAAGGGCAUUUGAAGAUGUGGUGGAGUCAUUGA